CGUUUGCUGUAGUUUGCCGCGUUUGAUAGAGUAGUCGCGUUAGCAGGAGAAUGGUCAUAAAAAAACUUUGUAGGAAUUUUUUUUAGUGUUGUUGUAGCUGCUUAUGGUUAUAUUAUUUUAUGUAAGAAAGAUCUUCUCGAAAUGAUGAUUUUGUUUGCAGUUGCUACUAGCGUAGUUGGUAGGGUCGAUGACGGUGUGGAGCAGUGGGAAGGAAAACGAGCAGCGAGGGGCUUUGGGGAGAAGCCCCGACCCGUAAUGGGAGUUGUUUCCAGAGCUUCAACCUUCUGCAGAUGAUCUAGUCUGCAGUGAGCUAGUGGGGGGAGUCUUUGGAGUUCAGGGACUUGCUUGAAGUCAAUUUUGAGGCUGAUCACGGUUGACGGAGACUUCCUUGACUUGUUCGGUGGCGUAAGGGUGCUGGUGCCGAUAUACUGCGCGAACUUGGAGGUGACCUAGUUGAAAAUCAUUCCGGUUUCAUGCAUUUUGUAAAAUUUUGUGUAAAGUUCAGCGAGAGUUUAUGACGGAGUGCUCUGAGAUGAGCGAGACCAGGAAGGGAGCAGUAUCAUUGGCAACAGAAAUCAUUCUGCUCUAGAGUUGUGAUUAUCCUCUUCGUAGAGACUGUAGUCUGCCUCCACGAAGGGACACAUUUACAGCUAAACAAUUUUGUCACUAUGGAUUUGCUCUAUUGAGAGAUGAGGAAAUAGCUCCAUUAAAUUUACCUUGCGACUGCAAGGCAUGUACCAAACGCUCCGUAUCCUUGUAGCUUUCGGUAUGGAAAGUUCUACCUACAUUUUGCAGUGCUAGUUUGUAUUCAAUAACUAAUUGGAAAAUAUCGCUACAAUUCUUGUCGGAGAAGUGCUUUUAAUUGUGCAUCAACCAUGGAAGAUGUGGAUACCGAUGGCUUGAUUAUGGAAUUUGAAGCUUGUCCCGACGAUCCCGUCUCUGUUGAUUCCAAAAUGGACCUUACACCACGGCGGAAGCCUCUUACGUACAGUUGUAUGAAUUUGAAGGAUGAAGAAGCUUGGCCAUUCUUGGUGGAAUACUUUGGCGUUGCAUAUGCCUUCGCAGCACUUGGAGCUCUGAUCCAUAACACAAGAAAGGUGAAGAAUGAAAUGGAUAUAACUAGUUCUCAUGUUCAGAAGAUGGCUCUUGUAUCCAUGUUGGCGAGGGCCAUGGGCUGGUUGCAUAUACUAGCUCUAAAUGCUCAGCUAUUGCGCGAGAAAUUGUCAGCAUCAGAAGAAGCCAGACACAGAGACGGUUUAUCUUGGAAGGAAGAAAUAGCGGUACUUGUACAUAAAAAAGAAAGAUCUGAAUUGGAGGUUUUCGAACUGAAGAAGAGACGGGAGGAGGACUCCAAAGCAAAUGAGAAAGUUGUGCGUAUUUAUGCUGGCCAAGAGCAGUCCUGGAAGAGUGAAAGGAAGAAGUUGCGUCAUGAAAUAAACCUCUUGAGGAAGGAUCUGUUUAAGGCUGAAGUCGGAGAGAUCUGUGGAUUUAAGUUGAAUACGAAAGGAAUCAGUUGCGAGAUGUGUGACCAGAAGGACAAACACGCGAAGCAGCUUGAAUUAGCGCUUAGUGAGAAGGAGUUUCUUCUCAUGACGGCCAUCGAGGAAGCUCGUUUGGCAGAUCGAGAACACAAGGAGAUCAGAGAGAGACUAGCUGAGGCAGAGUUAGUUGAGGUCCAGUUAAGUAAGAAAUUGGACAAGGAGGUUGCAGCUUCCGUUGAACAGGAUCUUCUUCUUUCCGAAGUGAAAGAAAAUCAGAUGGAAGUUGAAGGCAGAUUUAAAAGUUUACUUGAAGAGCUCAAUACCACCAGGAUAAAUUUGAGUACUUCUAAUUUUGAAUUAGAAAGGAUUUUGAGCGAGACGGAGUACCUGAAGAAGGAAUUACAGAAGAAAGAUGCUGCAGUCAGUUCAUUGAUGGAACAAGCAAGGGUCAAAUCUGACGAAAUGGAGGAUCUUGUUCGAAAGCUUGCACAACUUCGUGAAGAGAAAAAAAUUGCAGAAGUAGCAGGAGAGAAUUGGAGAUGGAUUCCAGAAGAAACUGUCUGUUCAAGAGUGAUGGGGGCGAAGGUGCAAUCUAUCACGCAACUGGAGGAGAUUCAUUGGCAUGAAGUGGAAUCGUAUGAGAGGCAACUCAGGGUCAAGGAUGAAAGAAUUUCAGCUCUUAGAUCAAAAUUAUUAGCGGUGGAAUCAGCGUUAAUUCAUCCAAAGUCCCAAUCUCAUGAGCUGAAACUUGAAAUAUCAGCGAAGAAUCUGAACUGUACCACUUUGGCUUUGUACGAUGACGUGAAGACUGCCCAUGACCUCACAGUGGACCUUGAAAACUUCAAUUCUACUGUGAACCAAGUAUUAAUGAAAUUGCAUCAGGAGUUCGAUGAAGCUAAGGAGAAGCUAAGGGAUCAGGUCCUAAAAUACAAGACCAAGCUUUCUAAACUUAGAGAAAGAACAGAGGCUGAGCUUCAACAGAAAGACCUGCAAUUGGCCUCCACAGAAGCGAAAUUAUGUCAAGUUUUGUUGCAGUUGGCUAAAACGAAACGAAACGAGGAGUUGAUAACUUUUGACCACAGCGAGGAGAAGAUCUUUUUACAGUACAUUGGUGAGGACGAUCAGGAAUUGUUGCUCACGAACAACAAAGGGUUUGAGAAAUCUAAAACAGCAAGCCAGACAUCUGAAAACUUGAUACCAGAUGAUCAGAAAAAUGAAGGGGAAAUUUCUUUCGAAGGGCAACUUUACAAAGAAAAUAUGUUUCUUGGUUUUGAGUUUUUAGAGCAGAAGAUGGUCUCAAAGACAGAGAAGAAUAAUAGUCUUGACAGUGUCCAACUUCAGAACGCUUCGAGACUACAAAGAUACGACAGCUUUUCACUGACGUCAGAUCCGAGGUCAUUGUCUUCACGAGGCCGAAUUGCCGAGAAGACACCACAAACAUCUCAGUAUGCAAUAGAAUCUUCUUUCGCCACAACAGCUCAAGUUUUAAAAGAGGGGAAUGACUCAGAAUCGUCAAGAAACCUCUACUGGUUUCGCAGCUCUGUUAAGAGAAAGCGAGAAAGCAUGAACAAAACACAUGAUGAUUUUAAAGCAGAUCCAAUUUGCACAAGCCGGACUAGGGAUAUAGAUGACUUUUCACCACUGGUAAGCAAUGCGAGGAAUCCUUUCGACUACAUGAUUCCUGUUAACAGAACACAACUCACAGAUGCAGACCUGCCCAGUGCGUCGGAACAUCACUCCAGGAAUUCUUUAUCAACUAUUAAACCGGGAUUACAAGGUCCCUCAUCUCCAGUUUUUUCUGGGAUGAUUACGAAAAGGACUGACGUACGUACGAGAGAGGACAUCGAAAUUUUGGGUCUGGCAUUGGAAGUAAAGAGGAUAGAUCAGCAGCUUGCAGAGAUGGUGAAAGCUGGAGGCGUUGAACAGUCGGAUACAGUUCAGUUUCUGAUACCAACAACCAUGGUUGUCUCAACAAACACCAGCCAGAAUACCAAACGGUCCCAAGGGUUAGCAGGGAGAGUUUGCCGUCUCGCAAAACAUAUGGGCUUUACUGGACCCCUACCCGCUGCGGUUAUCAAUUCAUGCAUCGAUGUGAACGGAAUUUGCACUCAAGAUCCUGUAAAAACAAAACAAAAUGCAUAUAUGAUUUCUCAAUCGUCUGAACUACCUUCAACAAACGACUUGGCCAUCUUACAAUGGAGAGCGAAGGUAGUGAGCGAAAAGCUUCUCGCGAUUCAAACCAAACUGGUGAAGUACAAUUCUUCUGGUUCUUCAUUAUUUCCAACGGAGCAGUUGCUGGACGCUGUACAAGCACACCUUUCGCAGGUCAAGAUGGCAUUACGUGCAAGAAUGAGAACGAUCAACCCAGAGCCGAGUUCUUCAGCUCCCGCCAAACUUGAAAAGGCUACCUUGGUUUCAGACUUCCUAAAAUGGCACCUCCAUAUAUUAUGCCAAUUACAGGUCCAUUCCAUGACCAUGAAUAGGGAGAAAUACAAAAGUAGAGGCGCAUUUGGAAGAGGGCCGGAAUACAGAUCUUCUAAGUACCAUUUAUGCAGAUUGGAUGGGGAGGCUCAUCACCUGACAAGGAAAGCCAAAACUCAAACUUUUUUGCAAAAGUUGGUUAUGCAACUGCAUUAAUACUUCACUCAUCAGCAGGAGAGAAUGGCGAGGAACCAAGUUGGACAAAAGGGGACAUUGAGCUGUAGCAAUGUCUAGCACCUUCAAGCCAGUAGUGGAGAACAAAGGGUCAAGACCAAACAAAGAAUUUUUCUGGAAAGCAAGACAAAUCAAUUUGGAAUACAUUUAUUAGUGCGCUGAAUCGCUGUAGUAUUUCAUAUACAAGGCAUCUCUCAUAAUGACUUGACGUGAAAGAUCUUCAGGGGCUACGUGUUACCUGAACAGAUUGGCCGUCUCAGUCGCGACCGCAGAGUUCAUGGACGCAGUUCGUACUAAACUGAAGCGUCCGGUGUUAAGAAAUGCCAGAAUGCGUGCGACCAAUUAUGUGAAGACUGCUGUGAGAAAAUGUAACGGGCGGCAAUUGUUUUUAAACACUGCUCAAAAAAUCAUUUCACUACGACCAGAAAGCUCUGUAAGCUCGACUUUAAAACUUCAUGUAGAGUCUACUUCUAAUUUUUUUUAAAUUCCUGGUGCUGAAGCCUAUAACUCAAGUGAUUGAGGGAGAUGUUUGGCAAAAUAAUUCCAAGUAACUGAAUAUCCUUAAAGAAACCAUCGACGUGUGGAGAUUAGAGCCCAGGUACUCGAUCUUCAAAUAGAAAAAAGAUAGAAUAACUAGUUAUGUAAGAAAUUAGUAAAACGACAGGGCUUCUCAACAUUUUCUGGAGUUUUUGCUCCCCAGUCGUUGCACGUUGAUGUCUUAAAGAUAACUUCACUUUGAUUCGCGCUCGUUUCUGAUCUGUAUUUAUUAUUUUGAACCUUGUGGUGAUGGUAAAGGAGCUUCUGUCACAUGAA